AUGCAUGGUGUCGAUGAUGAUGCUCAAUCAGCUGAGCCGAAGCAACACGACAACAUUGGCCUCAAACGAAGGGGGCCGCAGCGCAGUGCAGUGCGAAUUGCAACUCCGGCUGCGGAUGGCGAGCCCGGAUGCCGCCCGGGCAUGCGGGUGCAUCCAACCAUCCCGUUGGAAACUCGAAAUGGCCCAGAUGUCCGGGUGUCAUCCGGAAUCCACCCCGGCCUUUCGCUCCAAUUCGAGUCGAGCCCAUGUGAUUGGCUCAAGGCUUUCCCCCCUGUGUCUCAGGAGCAGCAGCAGCGGCAGCAGCCCAUGCAUCGGAGCUACCCCGACAAGCCCAGCAGGGGAGCGCAGAGUCCAGUCCAUGCUGCUCGUGGAAAUUCGCGUGGCAGUCAAACGUUUUCUCGUGCAUCCGCAGCGAAUACGCCAGCUGUACUUCGGGACCAGUCCGAACACCGUGCCGAAAUCAUGGCAGCGCAUAUGUGGACAUGUGCCCUCCAUGGCCCAGGCCCUGUGCUUGAGAAAAAGGGCCAAGUGCAUCAGAAGGGUGCGUGCAGAUGCCUCGCUUGGUCUCGCAUAGCCUGCAGGCUGACAACCGGGCUGGUCAACGCCGUUGCCGAGCGUGUCGGUUGGCUGCUCGCCGAGGCCUCGUCCGAGCCCAGCUGCACACACAGGCGCCGCAUCUAUCCGAAGCCCAACGAAGUGACCGCCUUGGCGGCACAGAACGAUAUCGGCAGCGCCGAGUCGACAACUGCAAGCAGCCCGAUCACGGAUGACCCGCUGGCUCGCUUGCACGCGGGCCUGGCACGUCGACUCUCGCAUCCCGGCCCUGGCCAUGGCCGCUCAAGACCGACUCAGAUGCGUGGGAACCUCACGAUAACGAGCUGGCUGAGGCUGCGCAAGAUCAGCCCAUCCGAACGCUCCCGAACUCAGGCAAUGGCCUCCGCCAAGCGUGCCUGCGUCGGCCACGUUCCGAUCAACAAGACUUCGGCUUCGGCUGGCGAGUUUGAUAGGCAUGCUUGUGGCUGUCUCCAGCCACCGCAAUCUUGGCUGAAUCCUUCCAAGACGGCCUGGCCCGAUCGAUCCAAGCCUCCUCGGUGCAGGACCGUGUACCGCCGUCCAGUAUCGGCACCUGCGCACCUUUACCGCCAGGAUGGCGUCGGGACACAUACAUCUGACAGCGGGAUUUUCGGCUACUGGUUGUCCAGCACGGGCCCUGGAGUCGGCAGCCGUGCCAACCUCGAUCCGUCGGAUGGGCGAGCAGACAUCAAAAAUAGGAAAAAGGGUCAGCCCCAGAGCGCGUGGUGGGCCAUGUUCACGAGCUUGGUCUAG